AUGCCAUCCACCGCCGACCAAGUCCUCGACCGCCUCACGCGCCAGUGGGAUGACGAGGUUGCCAACCUUGUGACCAGCCAUGAGAACUUUGGCGACGUUGCCCGCCAUGUCGAAGACAAAGCGUCGGACGCUGAGUCGCCUAUCCUCGCUGACUACACCGCCGCCGGGGGUGACGACACGCUCAAGGCGAUGACGAACUUCUCCGCCCCGGAGCUGGACGCUCUUUGGGCUAUCGUGGAGCCCGCACACUUCGACACAUGGCACAAGCACGCUAUCGACUUCAACAUCGGCAUGUCGACGCUGGAGAAGAUGGUCCACCGAGUCAUCCAGACGGUCGAGCCCGUCCUGUAUCACCAGCUGGUUAAGCGGGUCAAGAUGCCAACUGAGAUGGAGGCCGGCAACACCUUCGUCAACUACCCUCAUGCGCUAUACGCGACCGAUGUCAAGUUCCAGCCGGCCUAUCGUCCAAGCGGUCGUUUUACGGAGCAGAAGGUGUACUUUUCGGCGAAGCACAAGCUAUACGGCUUCAAGAUUGAGUGUUCGGAUGUGACGAUGAUGCUGGACAGGCUCUCAGUCCAUCGCCAGAUGCUGCGUAAGGACGACGCCUCGGCCCCUGAACUUGGAGCUGAGCCGACGCAAUUCCCGGAAAUGUGGGCAGUGCUCGUGGACAAGGGGUACCAAGGUUCUGGGCGCGUGCUUCGUACUAUCCAGCCAAAGAAGAAGCCGCGUGGAGGAACACUGGACCGGGUAGACCUCGCUCGGAACAAGGCCGUCUCAUCGGAUCGAGUGCUCGUGGAGAACUUCUUCGGCCGGAUGUGCAUGCUGUGGAAGGCUACUUACGCGACGUUCAAGUGGAAUGAGAACCGGUUUGACUGUGUCGCUCGGCUGUGCACCGCGCUAACUAACUUUCACGUCGGUCUAAUGCCACUACGCGCUCGUGACAGCGAGCAUUACGACAUGGUGCUUGCCAAGUACCAGUCUAUGGGUGACCGCGUUCGGACGCAACGGGCUAGGGCCCAGCGCCAUUACCGCAUGCGCCAGCGACUGCGCUCCCGCCCAGCGCCUUACAGCACACGGGCUUCCGCUUCUCAGUGCGAGACUCAGUACGACUCUGAGGAGUCGGUUUCGUUCUCUAUCUAA